AUGGUCAAAUCAUACGUGAAAUAUGAGCACUCCCAGACCUUUGGUGUCGUGAACUCGGCAUCUUCGAACGUUGUAUGGACACCCGAUGCCGCCAGCCGCACCACCGGCGCCGGCCACGCCUAUGUCGGUGCGAACGAGGAGGUUCUUUGUUGGGACGUCAAGAAGGGCGACCUGCUCAGCAGAUGGCACGACAAGGCCUGUACCGCUGAAGUCACGACCAUUGCGCAGAGCAAGACGGAUCCCGAUGUUUUCGCCGUUGGACACGGAGACGGAAGCAUCAGAGUCUGGGAUUCUCGGAUAUCUUCCCUGAUUAUCAGCUUCAACGGCCACAAGUCCGCGAUCACGACUCUCACCUUCGACGAUUCUGGAGUCCGCCUUGCCAGUGGUUCGCGAGAUACGGACAUUAUCGUAUGGGACUUGGUGGCAGAAGUUGGCCUGUUCAAGCUUAGAGGCCACAAGGACCAGAUCACCGGUCUUAAAUUCAUUGCACUGUCCAAUGAGGCUGAGGCAGAAGACGAUGAAACCACGGUACUCUCCGUGGGAGAGGACGCGCCGGUCUUCCUCCUUUCGACUAGCAAGGACUCACUCAUUAAAAUCUGGGAUGUCAAUUCGCAGCACUGCAUAGAGACUCACGUAGCGCAGGCCAAUGGAGAAUGCUGGGCAUUAGGCAUGUCGCCAGACGGCAGCGGGUGUAUCACCGCGGGCAACGAUGGCGAGAUCAAGGUUUGGGCUAUCGAUCAAAAGGGUCUCCGUACGAUGUCUCGACAAGUUGGCGACACAGUGGAAGUGCAGUUCUUGCAAGACAGGGGCACGUUUUACCGACAAGGCAAGGACAGGACGAUAGGCAUCGCUUUCCAUCCCAAGCAAGAUUACGUUGCGAUACACGGCUCGGAAAAGGCAGUAGAGAUCUGGCGGAUACGACCAGAGGAAGAGGUGCAAAAGAGUCUGGCAAGGAAGCGUAGGAGGAGGAGAGAGAAAGCCGCAACGAAAGCCGAUGAUGUGGACAUGGUCGAUGGCGAAGACGAGAACAUGGAGGCAACCAUUUCCGACAUUUUCGUAUCCUAUGUCAUUGUCCGCACCGGAGGCAAAGUUCGGUCCAUUGACUGGACGGCUAGCAAGUCCAAGUCUCUACAGCUGCUGGUCUCAACGACAAACAACCUGCUCGAGGACUACAGCGUUCCUAGCAAGGCGGCGACGAAAAAAGCCACCAAGGAAGAAACGCCGGAAUACACUCGUACCUACUCCGUGGAUCUACCAGGACAUCGUGCGGAUGUACGUUCGCUGGCCCUUAGCUCCGAUGACCGGAUGUUGGCUUCGGCAUCUAGUGGAAGCUUGAAAAUCUGGAACGUCAGGACGCGGACCUGCUUGCGUACAUUGGAGUGCGGUUAUGCGCUCUGCUGUUCAUUCUUGCCAGGAGAUAAGAUCGUUGUCGUUGGCACCAAGAGCGGCGAACUCGAACUUUUCGACAUCGCUUCAUCACAGCUCAUUGACACGGUUCAGGCACAUGAGGGAGCGAUAUGGACGUUGGAUGCUCAUCCAGACGGGCGGUCAGUUGUAACCGGAAGUGCUGACAAGACAGCGAAAUUUUGGAACUUCGAGAUCGUGCAAGAAGAAAUUCCAGGCACUAAGCGUACGACUCCUCGGCUCAAGCUCAUCCACUCCCGGACGUUGAAGGUCAACGACGACAUCCUCAGUUUAUGUUUCUCUUCCGAUUCCCGCCUGCUCGCCGUUGCAACUCUUGACAAUACCGUCAAGGUUUUCUUUGUGGACUCUCUCAAGCUCUUCCUUAAUCUUUACGGCCACAAGCUCCCUGUCCUCAACAUGUCUAUAUCCGCCGAUAGCAAGCUCAUUGCUACCUGCAGUGCAGACAAGAAUGUACGUCUUUGGGGUCUUGAUUUCGGCGACUGCCACAAGUCCUUUUUUGCGCACAGCGACAGCAUUAUGCAGGUGUCUUUCAUCCCGCAUCCGAUUUCAAAAGAAGACAACCAUUUCUUCUUCAGUGCGUCCAAAGAUCGCACCAUCAAGACCUGGGACGGCGACAAGUUUGAACAGAUCCAGAAACUCGAGGGUCAUCACGGCGAGAUUUGGGCUAUGGCUGUCAGUCAGACAGGCGACUUCUUCGUUACUGCUUCACACGAUAAGAGCAUUCGGGUGUGGAACCAGAGCGACGAGCCCAUCUUCCUCGAGGAAGAGCGCGAGCGCGAACUUGAAGAAUUGUACGAAUCGACACUUGCUACAUCAUUGGAUGCAGACGCCGAGGGCGCAGACGGUGAGAAGAACGAGGUGGGAGAAGCGACAAAGCAGACCAUCACGACGCUCACGGCAGGAGAACGCAUCGUCGAGGCCCUGGAGCUUGGCCUGGCGGACUUGGAGGUGGUGAACGCAUGGAAAUUGCACAGAGCGGCGAACCCUGAGGCCAAGAUGGCGCCACCGCAGCGCGAGCCGCUGUUCAUGGCGUUGGGCAACAUCAGCGCAGAGCGGCACGUCCUGAACACGAUAGCCAAGAUCCCAGCGGCGCAGCUGCACGAUGCGUUGUUGGUGCUGCCCUUCAGCACGGUGCCGGGUCUGUUCACAUUCAUCAGCAUCUGGGUACGACGCCAAUGGAAUGUGCCGCUGGUGUGCCGAGUGCUGUUCUUUAUGCUGCGCACGCAUCAGCGCCAGAUUGUCGCCAGCCGCGAGCUGAAGACGACACUCGAGAGAAUGCGUGAGGAACUCAGGACCACGCUCGGCGGCCAGAAGGACAUGAUGGGCUUCAAUGCCGCGGCGCUCAAGUUUGUGGGUGCCCGGGCGCAGAGUAGCGGCGCUGCGAGGCUGGAGGAUGUCGAGGAGGCGCUGGACGGCGCGGCGGGCAGUAAGGGGAAGAAGAAGAGAGCGUUUGUGGAUGUGGCGUAG